GAAGAUGCAGCCUGCGGACUGGCGCUUUGUUUUAUUUUGUUUCAGCCUGUUCUUAAGAUUCGGAAAACUCCAUUCAAAUCAGAGACAACAAGGUGCAGGGCUGGAUGAACACAGCAGGCCAAGCAGCAUCAUAGGAGCAGAGAGGCUGACGUUUCGGGCCUAGACCCUUCAUCAGAAAUGGAUGGAUUCAAUUAGGUCAUGGAGUGAGAUAGAGAGAUGGAGUGAAGUUUCCAUUUGUAAUCUAAAAGGAAACGAAAUCACUUCUUCCUGGUUUGUACAUAAUGGCUGGUUUUUGGAGUUUGAAAGAAAGCGGUUGAUGGCUUGGCGCCGGUAUUUUCCGCCUCCUCUCCGGAUUGGUGAGUGAAGCAGAUAUCUGAUUGGGAAUUGAAACUAUAUUAGGAGAUGCUGAACAAUGUUGCCAAUCAGCAAUGGCCGCACCACCAUUGCUCCCGAAACUAUAAGAGGGCGGAAUGUGGACAGUGCAUCGUGAUUGAGAGAUUGUGGCCAUGUCUGGGAGAGGAAAGGGCGCUGGUGGGAAAGCUCGCUCCAAGGCGAAGUCCCAGUCGUCCCGGGCGAGCCUGCAGUUCCCGGUGGGCCGUGUUCACAGGCUCCUGAGAAAGGGUAAUUAUGCUGAGCGUGUGGGUGCCGGAGCGCCGGUCUAUCUGGCUGCGGUGCUCGAGUAUCUGACGGCUGAAAUCCUCGAGCUGGCUGGUAACGCGGCCCGGGACAACAAGAAGACCCGCAUCAUCCCCAGGCACCUCCAGCUGGCUGUGCGCAACGACGAGGAGCUCAACAAGCUGCUGGGAGGGGUGACCAUCGCUCAGGGCGGGGUGCUGCCUAAUAUCCAAGCCGUGCUGCUACCCAAGAAAACCGCCGCUGGGGGCGCCACUAAAAAGUGAAGAGACCGUUAUUUCAUCUGACAACCCAAAGGCUCUUUUAAGAGCCACCCACAGCAUCUGUGAAAGAAACUCGUCCCUCCCCACUGUCGGAAUGACUUGUUUGCUUUAAUUGUUUGAUGUCAGUUUCAGUCCCGUUGUUAUUGGAUACUCUUACUGUCACUGCGUGUAUGAUCGAACAUGAAAUCUUUACGAACAGCCUCCAGUCGGUCACGUUCACGUCAAGAACGGAAGCCCAUGGAGACUGAGACGUUUAUCAUGAAUUUAUAGUAAAUCGCAAUUGUAAUAGCGUUCGGAUUGCAUUAUUUGUUCCUGCUCUGUAACUGCCUCUGACUUUAAUCAUCGUCCUAUGAAUGUAUCUCUCUGUCUCACCGGUUUCAUAUUUCCUUUGAUGGCAUUUUGGAAUACCCAAUGUAGCAAGUACAUUCAGUUUUAAUGAUGAGUGGUCACGCUCAACUUCACCUCGACGCUUUAUUCUCGAGUACUUUCGUGAACAGACUCCUCUUUCAUGUCCGUCGAGAGGGGGCCACAGUCAUUUUCAGCCACUUCUUUGGUUCAAUUUGCUCUUUAAUACUCGAUCAGUCAGAGAGCUACAAGCCCCGUUGGGAUGUGACCUGAGUUUGACCCCUGGCAAACAAAAGAAGUGUCCAAUCUUUAAAUCCCACGAAUAUGUACGUUUUACCCUUACUUCUUAACUUUCAAAACACCGAGGGGUUUUGUCCGUUUGCAGAAUGCUGUCAGCAAGGCUUUCUGCUGUCUAUUAGAAGCUUUCAAAAUAAACCAAGAUAAAACCAGAACAACUGCCUGACUGCAACUCAGUCAAGCAGCACAGAAACAGACCCUUCGGACCAACCAGUCCAUGCCGACCAUAAUCUCAAACUAAACUAGCCUCACCUGCCUGAUCUUGGCCCAUAACCCUCCAAACCUUCCCUAAUCAUGUACUUGUCCAGAUGUCUUUGAAACAUUGUGACUGUAUCCAUAUCCGUCAGUUCCUUUGCACGUUCAUUCGACACACAAACCACACUUAAAAUAAAUCGUUUUUAAAUCUUCCUUCUCUUAACUUAAAAAUAUGGCCCCCUAGUCAAAAAGUUCCCCCACCCUAUGAGAAAAAGAUACCUAUCCAUUCAGCUUACCUACACCCCUCAAGAUUUUAAAACUUCUAUAAGUUCACCCCUCAAGCUCUUAUACUCCAGGGGGAAAAGAAAUUCCCAGCCUAUUCGGCCUGUCCUUAUAACUCAAACCCUUUAUUUCCAGCAACAUCC